GAACCAGUUCUAACUCUGAGGAAAUUAACUCUAAUUGGAAGCAUUUCUUGUGCAUUAUCGUUUCAAAUUCUAGUCACACUUUUUCCAAACAUUAUCAGACUGAAGCUAGGAUUAGCCCGAAAGUUUCAAUCCGAUUAUUCAAUGAGCGAUUGUCUUAAGGAUGGGAUUCAAAAAUUUGCAGGAUUAGAAAACUUGCAAGCGUUUUCGCUAUUCUUUGAUUGCAGCCUUUGUGACAAUAUUUCAGACAUCAUUGGGACACUGAAGGAAUUGACAGGUCUGACUGAAUUCGAGUUGGGAAACUUUGACCGAGGUCGGGAAGUCGUUAACGGUUUAUUCUGUGGAAUACAACAAGUGCCACAGAUUUCGUGUAUUACGCUCAUAAAUAUUGUGCUAAUUUUGACAGAGGCACAACGUCUCCUGGAUGAACUAAAAUUAAGAGGCACUCGACUUAAAGUGGUCGAAGAAGUGCCAUUCCGAGAGAAAAUGUGACAGGAGGAUGAUCGCAAUAUUUUAGAAAAUUUGUUGGGCCUUUGGAACUUGAGCUUCCAAUUCUUCGGAUAAAUUAAGUAUGUGCAUUACA